UUCACGAUGGUUCAGCCAAAGAAGCUUGACAGCCGAAUACACAAAGUCAUUCAGGAGUCAGUUAAAAAUGGCCACAGAGGUUUGGUUGUUCUUGUGGGAGAAAGAUCACGUGACCAAGUUGUUAUCCUUCACCACUUGUUGAGUAAAGCUAAUGUGUCUGCACGGCCAUCUGUUUUGUGGUGCUACAAACAUGAUUUAGGCUUCACAACUCACAAGAAAAAGCGCCUAAAGAUGAUAAAGAAAAAGAUCAGAGCAGGCACACUUGAUCCAAACACGGAUGACACUUUUGAAAUGUUUAUUUCUGCUACUGAGAUAAGGUACAUGUACUAUAGUGAGAGUCACAACGUACUUGGGAACACUUAUGGGAUGUGCAUACUUCAAGACUUUGAGGCCAUCACUCCUAAUGUUCUUGCAAGAACAAUCGAAACUGUUCAAGGUGGUGGACUGAUAGUUAUUGUUCUCAACUCCGUUAGUGAUAUCAAGCAGUUGUAUGACUUGCAAAUGGACUGCCACAACAGAUUUGUCACUAAUGCUUACCAGACAGUUGUUCCAAGAUUCAAUAAAAGGUUUUUACUUUCCCUUACUGAAUGUUCCAGCGGUAUCGUCCUUUCAGAUGCACUUGAAGUUCUACCUUUCACAGCUAAGAGUGCAACAAACCAUGUGGCUAAAAACAACACUGCAGAAGAGCUCGCAAAUCUUAAAACAUCGCUGUCUGAAAGUCAACCCAUUGGUUCUGUCAUAAACAUUUGUAAAAGUUUGGAUCAAGCAAAUGCCCUUGUUAAAUUUGUUGAUGUCAUAUCUGAGAAAAGUUUAAAGUCAGUCAUCACCUUAACUGCAUCCAGAGGAAGAGGAAAAAGCGCUGCUUUGGGGCUGGCAAUUGCCACAAGUAUUGCAUUUGGUUACUCAAAUAUAUUUGUGACAUCACCGUCUCCUGAUAACCUAAAAACAUUGUUUGAGUUUGUGCUGAAAGGUUUCGAUAUCCUUGGCUUCACAGAACAUACAGAUUAUGAAAUUAUUCAAAACACUAAUGACAACAUCAAAUCAGUUGUAAGAAUAAACAUCUACAGGGAUCACAGGCAAACUAUUCAAUACAUUAAACCAGAUGAGGGCGGAAAACUUCUUCAAGCUGAACUUCUUGUUAUUGACGAAGCAGGAGCAAUACCUUUACAUCUGGUGAAACAGAUGUUAGGCCCUUAUUUGGUGUUACUGUCAUCAACAGUUCACGGAUAUGAAGGAACAGGAAGAUCAUUAUCACUGAAACUAUUUGAGGAACUGAGAAUUCAGUCUACUAGGGUCGGAGGAACUAGCUUAACACAGCUAAAGCUAGAGGAGCCCAUUCGUUACAAGGAAGGAGAUCCCGUCGAAUCUUGGCUUAAUAAACUCUUAUGUUUGGAUGCUAGCCCUCGGAUUAUAUCUGGAUGUCCAACUCCAAAAGAAUGCUCCCUAUAUUUUGUUGACAAAGACAUUUUGUUUAGUUACCAUAAGGCAUCUGAGUCAUUCCUUCAAAGAAUAAUGACUCUUUAUGUGUCCAGCCAUUAUAAGAACUCUCCAAAUGAUCUGCAGCUGCUGUCAGAUGCCCCUGCACAUCAACUGCUGGUUCUCUUAGGACCUAUUGAUAGCAACUCCUCACAGCUUCCAGAAGUUUUGUGUGUACUGCAAAUCUGUUUUGAAGGCCAAAUAAACCGACAAAUUGUAAUUUCACAGCUAGAGCAAGGUCACAGGUCAGCUGGUGAUCUUAUACCUUGGACCAUUUGCCAGCAGUUCCAAGAUGCCAACUUUGGGGAGCUCUCUGGAAUUAGAAUUGUGCGGAUAGCAACACACCCUGACUUUCAAAGUAUGGGUUAUGGAAAACAUGCUAUGAACUUACUUUCUCGGUAUUACAAAGGUGAGAUAGCUACCAGUGAAAAGAAAGAGGGUUCAACCCUACUGAUUGGGCUAAAUGAACGAACACCUGAAGCAAUGGAUUACAUUGGAGUGAGUUAUGGAAUGACACCACCUCUCCUCAAAUUCUGGAAAAGGUUGGGUUUCAGAGGUUUAUAUCUGAGACAGACACCUAACGAUAUCACUGGUGAACACACGUGUAUCAUGGUACAGGAUUGGGAGCAAAGCUGGCUGAAAGAGUAUCACAAAGAUUUCACAUUCCGUCUCUUAAAUCUACUUGGUUAUCAGUUCAGAAAGCUACCCCCUCAGACAGUGCUUAAUAUGAUAAACACUGCUGAGGUGCUGAACACUGUUGAUGCUACCUCCAGUACUGCUUUUUCUGCAAUCAGUAAAUACGAUUUCAGAAGACUUAAGAGCUACUCGGACAAUCUCACUGAUUACCACAUUAUUCUAGAUUUGGUUCCUACCAUUACCAAACUUUACUUCCAGGGGAAAAUGAACCUCAACUUGUCGCCUUUACAAGCAACUAUUCUCAUAUCUCUUGGACUUCAGUACAAAACUAUUGAUGAAACCAGUAUUAUCUUUCCUGAUUUAGAAACAAACCAAAUCCUCGGCAUCUUCAAGAAGAUAAUUAAGAAAACUGUUGGGUAUAUGGAGGGGAUCAUGAAGGCAGAGAUUGACUCUGAAAUCAAAGACGCUCCAUCCAAGGUAGUUCUGAAUGGUAUUGAGGGCUCUAUGCGGGAUGAACUAAACAAAGUGGAAAGUGAAUUCAAAGAGAAACAGAAAGAGAAUGCUGAGAAAGUGAAGGAUUUGAUUAAGGCAGAUGAUGCAGAGUUCUCUAUCAAAUCUAAUGAUUUUGGUGAUGAUGUCAAACUUACUGGCAACACGAUUGUUUCCAUUAAAAGAACUAUUGUGGCAGAAACUCCUUCAAUUGAGAAAUCAGGUAAGAAGAAGAAGAGGAAAAGUGAGGGUCCCGAGAAGACGAAAAAGAAGAAAAAGCAACCGAUAAGCUGAUCUUUUUCACAGCAUUAUUGUUUUUAAACAUUUUGUAGCUUAUUAUACUUUUACUGCAGAUUGCUUCAAUUUUUAGUUUUGACAGGGAGAUUAUUUUAACUAACUUAUUCAUCUUUUUACCGAAUCAGUAUUUAACUUAUUCAACCUUU